AUGCAAGGCGAUGCGGUGAGUCUUUGCUGCCCGGGGGGUUACAGAUUAGGUAGGUCAACAGAUGACAACUAUGACAAAGCAAAGAGACGGAAGGUGAGGCAAGGCUCUUUGGAAGAUGUCUUGGCGUCACAGCAUCUACCACCAGGGCCAGCAUCUUUACACGAGCUUCUCUGCUUUCCAGAAGACAUGCUUGCGCGUGUGUUUGCCGAUGGCAAGUUCAAGAGUAGUGUCAUGCGCCUCUUGGAAGGCGGGAUCAUUGAAACAUCAGAUUAUUCUGGUGUGUCUGCCGCAAGAGAAGCCACUCGCCUCCUCUUGCAGGCAAUCCUUGCUCACACAGGGCAGGAGAUCCCGUGCAGAGUGAGAAGAAUGUGUGAUGUGGAUAAGACUUCGCAGCAUGUCUUGUUGCACCUGUCACGGACUCAAGAUUCUGGCGAAGCCUGCGUCUUCCCAGAUAUACGCCAGCAGUUGCACUUGUCGGCCCAGAAAUUCUUGGAGUCAUGUGCUCCAGCUCCUGGAGCCAGCAGUUUAGAGCGGAUGCAAUGCUAUGAGGAGAUGAGUCAGUGGCUUGAUGAAAAUGGCUCAUGGGCCGUUUGCCAGGAUCACAGGACGCACUGCCUCCAACACGGCCAAGACUGCGUUGUUAAUGCCCGGCGUGAUGAUGACAAGGUCUUGAUCAUCAACGAAGAGCUGGUGUGGGUUGGACCCAAUACCACGGAAGAGAUCCAGAGACAAUUCGAUUGUCUUUUUGCGAAGCGGUGUGUUGUGUCUGGACAGCUCUUUUUCCAAGCAGACGAUGCCUCUAUCGAAGAAUGGGCAAAGGCACGUGCGCGCAAAAGGAUGCGUGUUCGCUCAAGUCAGGAUUUGGUAGGCCCAGGUCUGUGGCAGGAUGUCUUGACACCAGCUCAGUUGCAAAGGAUCAACAAUUAUCGGACAUUGCAACUGCACAGAGCCAGCCUCGAUGAUGGUUGCUUCAUCGUUGAUGCCGAUCACUGGGCUCACUCGCCAGGUCCAUCGAGCGGACCGCAUUUUCCGACCUUAUUGCGCCAUGGGACGAUUGUAGAUCUUGGCUCCGGUAAGGUUGCGAUGGCAGAUGAUCGUUGGCUGUCCUUAGGCUUCAAUGUGCGGCGAGAUCUCGGGUCUCCGUUCAGCCACUGGCCCGCCCAUGGUUGUGUCAAAGACUUGAGCGACCGAACCCAACACUCCUUGAGCGGCAAUUCGCAAUCCCUGCCUGCAAUUGUUGCAUGGCAAUUAUAUGUCUUUGCCAAUGUUGUCCGCCGGGAAAUUCCUCAGGUCGAGGGGGCCUUGCUUCGACCCAGUAGCAAUGAGUUUGCUGAUGGGAAGGAUGAUGAUGACAU